AUGGUCUCUGAAAUGGAUUGUCUCAGCCAUCCAAUGAUGGAUUCACCUCUAACUACCAAGUUCCCGUUAUCAGUUGAAAACUUUGUUCAAUUACAAUCACACUUCAUGUCAGAGGAGAAGGAUUCUGAUAUGAGCAGGGACUCUAAACCAUAUGGUGCCAAGCACCACAGUGCUUCUGAAGCUGAAAGCCCUUCUAGUGUGGACAGCAAUCAAAGCGUAGAAUCUCAGAAAGAUAAACGAGAAACUCGUAAUUGUACAGUUUUUGAGAAUAUUCAAUAUUUGGGAUGUUCAAAGAUUGAUAAUCCAUCAGAUGAAAAAGAUAUGUUACGGCUUAUGACAUUCCUGGACACUGAGAGGGUUUCGGACCCAGUUACGGUAUCAUUAGCUGUUCCUCAUAGCUUCCAGGGAACAGUCACAUUAUGUGAUUCAGCCAAAGCUGAAGUAGCAUCUUUCCCUGUUAGUCAAAUUCGUUACUGUGUCAGAGGGCCAUUCGGCUCUGCUCAAACCCAUUGCUUCGCCAUAUCAUUCACUCAUUACUUAUCAGCUGGUGAGCCGGCUCAUCAAUGUCAUGUUUUUCGCAGUGCUCAACCUGACACUGCGGGAAGAGCACUGUAUUGCUUCGAACAAGCGUUCAAGAACAGUGCACCUUCAACAAUAGCUGGGGAUGAAAAUAGGAUGGAUUUCCGAUUUGAAGCUUAUUUGGAGAUUGAGGAAAACAGCAUGGGGGAAGAGUAUGCUUUGUGCCCUUUACAAAAUAAUACAAUCAAAUUACGGAGAGAUCGUAAGAAGCGGGUGAUUGUUCAGUUAAAACAAGUUUCUGGUCCUAUCCUUACAAUUUCGAAAUGCUUUGGCAUGUUGUUGGCUGCUGGAAGGAACUUGAAGCAUGGUGACAUGCAGCUACUAGAAAUGGAGAAAAUGGGUGCAGGGUCAGAUCCUUCCGUUUAUGUGGUCAGUGCCAUUUGGAAUCCAACACUUCAUAAUAUUGACGUACUAAACACGGAAACUCCUCGUGAAACGAGAGUAUUUAUGACGGUAGCGGUUGAUGUGAUAUUGGCAGAAGUUGGAGAGCCAAUUCGUUUCUGCUUAGAAACCAGAGCUAGAGUAUAUCACAUCCAUGAACGGUUUUAUAAACAUCCGCGAGUAGCUGUUAAAGAAGGAUACAAACUUAUACUGGAGCGCUCUGUGGGAUCCGAGGAACCCCAAAGUUCUAAUUGUGGACUGAUCUUUGUGUCCAUUGAGUCUGAAGCUGAACGAGCUCGAGCGAAACAACGAAUUGGACGGAGUCCUAGUAGAAUGCCGACUCAGUUGUUACAACCUGCAGGAGACGAUGAAUCUGACUCAGACGAGCCAUUGCUUUCUGGCUCCGGAACCGUAUGUAGAGAUUGCCCAGAAGAGCUGAUGCAAAAAUGGAAAGAAUGCUUGGAAGAUUGGAAAAAAAGAGAGGAUGGCAGUCGUCCCGAUGGAGUUUCAGCACUUAUCCUUAACGGCGUUCCUGAUGUGAUCCGUGGUGAAGUUUGGCAACUCUUGGCAAAAGUCAAUUUGGAUUCAGAUUUAGCUAAUACAUAUCAUUUUCUUUUGGGAAAGGAAUGUCCAUCAGAGCAGGUUAUCAUGAGAGAUAUUCAUAGAACCUUCCCAGCGCAUGAGUAUUUCAAAAUUGCCGGAGGUGAAGGACAAGAAUCUUUGUAUAAAAUCAGCAAAUCUUACUCACUUUACGAUGAAGAAGUUUCAUAUUGCCAAGGAUUGUCGUUCUUGGCCGCAAGUUUAUUACUUCAUAUGCCUGAAGAGCAAGCUUUCUGCACUUUGAUAAAGAUCAUGUUCGAUUAUCAGUUAAGGGACCUUUUCAAGUUGGGUUUUGAUUCUUUACAUCUCCGAUUCUAUCAGUUAACACGAUUACUCAAGGAUUAUGAAGCUGAACUAUCAUAUCAUUUUGAUGCUAUAGGAGUAGAAACUCAUAUGUUCGCCUCGCAGUGGUUCUUAACUUUGUUCACAGCAAAGUUCCCUCUACAAAUGGUGUUUUAUAUUGUGGAUUUGUUCCUUUGUGAGGGAAUGAACACGAUCUUCCAUAUCUCUCUAGCUCUACUACGUGACUCCAGAGAAGAUUUGCUGCAACUCGAUUUCGAAGGAGCUCUCAAAUACUUCCGUGUGACUCUUCCCCGUAAGUAUCGAACAGAAGCAAGUGCCAAAGCAUUGAUUCACAAAGCUGUCGACUUUAAGUUAAAACAUAAACGUUUAUUGAAAUAUGAGAAAGAGUAUAAUGAAAUGAAAGAGAGAGAACGGGAGAACGAAGAUCCGCUCGUUCGUUUGCAGAAGGAAAACACUCGACAUGCUGAGACAAUCCUGAGGCUUGACCGUGAAAAUGACGAUUUGGCUCAUGAAUUAGUAACAAGCAAAAUAGAAUUACGUCAAAAACUCGACACUGUUGAGGAUGGAUUAGAGACAGCGACGAAUAAAAUUGAGAUUCUAUCGCGUCAAAAUCAUGAUCUAUUAGAAGAAAAUAAGCAGUUGCAUGUAGAAUAUGAUCAGAUUAAAGAGAUGUAUCGACGAGAAGUGGAGAAAUUAGAAGAGAUGAAUAACAGAUCGGGAAAUUUGUUGAAAGAAUACAAGCAGAUUGUGUUCCGUCUUGAAAAUGAUCAGAAACAGCUUCAAACACAGAAAAAAGAGAUCGUUUCUGGUGUCUCACAAUGCGAAAAGUGUGGUCCUUUGGUAGAAGCUUGGAAUGCCGACGGGAGCCCAAUCAGGACACCAACGGAGUCCUUCCCAGAUCUUCUGUCACAGCUUGAAGAGAAAGAUUCGCAUGUCAAAGCUUUGGAGAUCCAGUUGGCAGAAACAAAGUUAUUACUGGUGGAAGCGCAAUGCAAGAACCAGGAUUUAACACAUAAGAUGAUGACAACUAGUGAAAGUGAUGGACGAAGAUGGUUCAAAAAAACAUUUCGAGAUGGAAUGACGUCCCUGCGUGAAGCAGCAGGCUCUUCAAUGAAAAUACACGAACGAUCUCAUAGUAGUGUGUCUGUUGCAGAUAGAGUGCAAUAG